AUGGGUCUGCUCAGCUGGACACCACGAGACCUCAAGCCAGUCAAGUUAACUGUUCGAGUGAACGAUCACAUGAGUGGAUCAAUUCUGACACUCACCAUCCAGAUGUGCAGCUGCAUGAAUGGCGGGGCCUGUGAUUAUAGCACUGUUACACAAGUUUCCCUGAAGGGAACUUUCCAGAUUGUUGGCUGCCUGUGCCCAGAGGGGUUUUCAGGACCGAAGUGUUCAGACUAUCUGGACUACUGCAAAGGCCAGCCUUGUUUCCCAGGGGUGAACUGCACCAACGUGCUCAGUCCACAGCUCUUUCAGUGCGACAGAUGCCCCACAGAAACAGUCGCCAAUGGAAAGGAGGGACACAAAUGCUUCUUAAACGAUAAAUGCCUCCCACCGUUUCCUUUUCCUUGUCACAAAUUGGCCGAGUGCAUCGACACCGGGGACAAUUACACCUGUCAAUGCUAUCCAGGGUUCACUGGUGAUGGAAAAGACUGCACAGACGUAAAUGAAUGCAACGACAAAUUUAUCUGCACAAGUGCCAAAUACGAGUGCAUCAACACCUACGGCUCUUUUCAGUGCUCCUGCAGGUAUCACAGUGUAGACCGUCCUGAAACAUGCGGUGAGUUAGGAAAUCCGCCAGGGUGGAAUGUUUUCAUCUGUACUCUCCAGUGGAAGAAUGUGAACAAGUCAUUUGCUCUCACGAAUUCUAACAGUGAUUUAUUCAUGAAGUAUGACAAAGAAUAUACUACCAAGCUUAAUUCCGCUUUGGUGUUUGGGUUUCAAAACAAAUUCUACAAUCUCAGCUUGAAGUCAUUCCCAAAUGGAGGUCCUUCAACUGAAUACAGGUGAAUGUUUCCAGCGACACACCUCACUGGUAUAUCCAGGACUUCCUAGAACAGUACAAUGAGGUUGACCCAACAUCCGUCUCAGUAGAAGAUUUGGACGAAUGUGCCAGCGGAGAGGGACACUGUGAUGGGAAAGCAAAGUGCGUGAACACAUAUGGUAGCUUCAAGUGUGUUUGCAACGAAACUACUGACGUGGAAUCCCAGUUGUGCUUCAGUGCAGGUAAGACGUUGGAUAAUAGCACAAGUAACGGAGAGGUAACAGAGAACAGCGAUCGGAACAGAUUGCUGCUAAAACUGCUAUUGGGAAUAGGAAUCUCGCUCCUACUGUUGCUUUUACUUUCUUUCCCUAUUUGUUACUAUUGCUCCAAGAGGAAAACCGUAAAAGCUGAUAUAGCUUCAACAUCAAAUGGAACAGUGCACAAAUCCUUCUCGGCUACUGACCUUCAAGGUGAAGCUCCUGUCUACAAUGUUCAUCACCUUCCUUUACGUGCGUGAAAUAUGGAAGAAUAUGAAAAAACUUGAAUGUGCACCAUGUGAAAUACAGAUUUUAAAGAAAUAAUUUAUAAUUUAAAAGCCAUAAACUGAUUUUGUACAAAACUGUUUAAUGUACAUUUUCACAGUUAACGGUAAUGGUACGGGGUAGUUAUUAAACAUCGAUCAUUUCAAUGGUUGCACAGAUUUAAAUGUUAUACAUAACAGGACUUUCUUUCACUUUCUAAAAUUCACAAUCCUUUCUUCCCUUGGAUUGCUGU